AUGGUUCGCUUCUCGGACUUCCACUGGCUAAAUAGAGCAACUGAGUUCGGGUCUUGUCUACUAGAAAACAAGGGCCAGGUCGCCCGCGACCAUCUGGCCUCAGAGCGCACUUUCCUUGCUUGGCUCCGAACGUCGCUUACCUUCGCAAGUUUGGGGGUGUAUGUCACACAGUUGCUGGCAAUGGGAGCGGCCAAGAGCCCGGGCUCCUCUACUACAAGACUCGGAAAGGCUCUGGGGCUGUGUUUCAUAGUUAUGGCCAUGGUUUCGGUGCUUAUUGGGUGCGUUAAGUCUCAAACUCCAAAGGUCGAGAAGACCGAGAAGCCAAAGAAGCCAAAGGGAAGAGCAUACAAGAGACUGCUGUACACCAAGAGAUUUGUUAACGUUGCCAACACCCCAGGUGGAAAGAGAAGAAUGAACCCAGGUCCAUCCUCCAAAUAA